AUGGCUACCAUUACCACUAUUACACAGACCACUAAUCCUGGCACGGAGACAGAAGCUGUCACUGUAGUGGAUAGCGAGAGCACCGUUGACGUAGUAUUCAAUGCCGUCGAUCAGCAAUUAGGUCCUCUACGAGAGAUCAACAGUGCGAUACACAGCAACCCCGAGCUAUGCUUCAAAGAGUUUAAAGCCCACGAUAACAUCACAGCUCUUUUGGAGUCCCUUGGCUUCGCCGUAGAAAAACAUGCCUAUGGCCUUGACACAUCUUUUGUCGCAGAGUGCGGCCAGGGGGGUCGCCUGGUGACCAUCUGCUCUGAGUAUGAUGCCCUUGAGGGCGUCGGUCAUGCUUGUGGACAUAAUCUCAUUGCCGCCGCCUCUAUAGCUUCUUUUCUCGGCAUCACUGCUGCUCUUAAGAAAUCUGGCGCCCCAGGUCGAGUACGCAUCCUAGGCUGCCCUGCUGAGGAGGGCGGCGGUGGCAAGAUCAAGCUCAUUCAUGCCGGCGCAUUUAAGGAUGUCGAUGCUGCACUCAUGGUUCAUGCGAGCACGCCUUUGGACAUUCCUCAACCUGAUGGCGCUGCGGCCGUCGGUGGUAGGUCGGUGGCCAUCUUCCGAGGUAUCUUCACUGGCGAGCCGGCCCACGCUGGUGUAGUCCCAUGGAAUGGUAUUAACGCGCUAGAUGCCGCGUCGUUAACCUACAGCGCGAUCAGCAUGCUACGCCAGCAAAUUCGACCUACAGACCGCCUCAAUCUUUACAUCAAGGAGGGAGGACAAAUGACUAACAUCAUUACGGCCAGAAGCGUAGUGGAGGUUGGCGUGCGUACCCUCACUCUGGGAGAGAACGAGAAGCUUCAGGAACGGGUGCGAAACUGCUUCAAGGGAGCUGCCCUUGCGACUGGGUGCAAGAUUGAGUUCGAGUCAGUGUAUGUAUACUCCCAGCCCGCUAUCAUGACCAAAUUGCUGACGAUGGACCACUUGGACAGAAUGGACACGUACGCCGACCUUCACUCCAACGAGCCCCUCUGCAACGAGUUUACAGAUAUAAUGUCACGGCACUUUGAUAGCCACUUCCACGGCGAUAUGCGCGAUCCACACAUCUCGGGCGGUGGCUCAGAUUUUGGAAACGUGAGCUACGAGUGUCCAUCGCUGCACCCUCUGUUUAUCAUCCCAACCCUGCCGACCGAUAACGUGCAUGCUCCUGGGUUUACAAGGGCGGCUGGGGAGCCUGCCGCGUUCGAUGCAGCUAUCAAGGCAGCAAAGGGAAUUGCACUAUUAGGGGUCAAGGUGUUAGCAGAUGACGAGUUUGCAAAGAGGAUGAGGGAGACUUUUGAAGAGGACAUGACGAAAUAUCAAUAG